CUUUUUCCCCUUCCUUAAACGAAUCUCGCAAUUCGGCCUCCGCAGGGCUAAUAUCACGAUUCUAUCUUUUGGUCUUUCUUUCCUUGUGGCGGUUCGAAUUUGGCAUUUGGGGAUUUUGUACUACUAGUACUAGCACUAGGUUCUUUUGGGAAGUGUUUUCGAGCUUUCGGCGAUUGCCGUUGUUGUUUGCAGUGUGGUGUCGUUACAACUCUGUUGAGAUCCAAGGCAAGUGCUAGGAUUUGGUUAUUCUGGUGCAGGGGAUGCUGCUGCAGAUUAAUCGUCACUGCUUUAUUGCUACGUUAUUUGCUAAUUGAAUUUUGAAGCACCAUUCAAUCACAAAAAUGGCUGAAGAUGUGCCUCCUCCCAUAAGGUUGAUGAAUUUUGUGUCUCAAGAAGAGUUAGAGGUAGCCAAGAGAAGCCAUGGUGAACGAUUGGAGGAUGGGACUGCACAGAGAGACCGCCCUCUCUAUGAUAUUUUGAAGGAGAACAAAGAUAAGUCUGAUGCAGAAUUUAACGAGCGAUUCAAGCAUCAACCACCUAAGGCUUUGGACGAAGACGAGACUGAGUUUCUCGAUAGAUUGGAGAAGUCCAGGAAAGAAUAUGAAAAAUGUAUAGCUGAUGAAGAAGCCCAACAACUGAAGAGCUUUCAAGCAGCUGUGGCUGCACAAUCUAUGAUGGUUGUAUAUGAGGCUAAGGAGAUACGUCCUGUUUCUGAUGCUCAGGAAGAGAAAAGGACCAUGGAAAAGAGGAAUCGUCCUGUUCAGCCCUUGGGAGUGAUCAUUAAAGUUAAGCCACAAAAGAAGGCAAAAGUGGAGCCAUCACUGGAACCAGAAUCUAGAGCUGCUCAAAACCAUUUAAACCAGCAAAGAACAUGUAGUACUGAUAAAGAGAAGCAUCAUGAGCCAGUAAAGAAUUCAGAUGGUGACGGGGGAAACAUCCAUGAUUUGUUAAAGACUGGUCUAGUUUCGUACAGUGAUGGAAGUGAUGAUGAUUAGUAUCCGUGCUUUUUGAAUAUUUUUCAGGAGCUGGUAUCAUGUAUUGGUUGCUCUGAUUUGGAUGGUCAUUGCACAAAGUUGGAGUAGUAGGAUUGGAGCUUGUCUAGAUGACAAUCUGUUGGAGUUUCCAUAGACUCCAACAAGGACACGAUAAUUUCAUGCACUGGGCAUUUAAGUUGGUAUCAGAUAGGGGUCAAUUUGAUGCCAAGUUAGAUUUUGGAACCAAAUAUUUAACUUGAUAGUAAGCUACAAUUUGAUACCAAAUAGAUUUAAGUUGAUGUCAAGCAUUUUAUAUGGUACCAAAUAGAGUUAAAUUGGUACCAAAAUUGUAACUUACUACCAACUUAACUGCAUUUUGGUAUCAACUUACUCUCGACCUUGUGAAAUUACGAGUGUAUCAUUAUUUUGUUAGUCUUUGGAGACUCCAAAAUACUGUCACCAAGUCUUUUUCAUAGGAGUGUAGGGCAAAUGAAAAUGUACUGGUAGACUUUUUGUUUCUCCGUCUUCCAUCAUAUGCGAAUGACAACUUGUGACGCUUAAAACCCAAAAUACUCAUAAAUUACCAGUUUUGUUUGCUUA